AGCUCCUGUUGCCAUGGGAACGCGGCGCGCCUUGGGUUCCUGCUCAGCCCCUGAUGCUCCCAUCCGGGCCAAAGCCGCCGGUUCCCCCAACUUGUAGGAGGGGCUGUGCUCGAGACAAGCGAUCCUUCCUACGGGGGCAUAGAGAGGAAGGCUGAGGCUUCUGCCCGCGGAAAGAGUGCGUCCAUUCCUGCCUUUGCCAGCCCCUUGGCCUUUGGAUUGCCUUCAAAGAUCAGUUGCUUUGUAAAUAUUUAAAUCACAUUAUGGGAUUACUGGACAGACUUUCAGGUUUACUCGGCCUGAAGAAGAAGGAGGUUCAUGUUUUAUGCCUUGGGCUGGAUAAUAGUGGCAAAACUACAAUCAUUAACAAACUUAAACCUUCAAAUGCCCAGUGUCAGGAUAUAGUUCCAACCAUAGGAUUCAGCAUAGAGAAAUUCAAGUCCUCCAGUUUGUCUUUUACAGUGUUUGACAUGUCAGGGCAAGGAAGGUACAGGAAUCUUUGGGAACACUAUUAUAAAGAUGGACAAGCCAUUAUUUUUGUCAUUGAUAGUAGUGAUAAAUUAAGGAUGGUUGUGGCCAAAGAAGAACUUGAUACUCUUCUAAAUCACCCAGAUAUUAAGCACCGCCGGAUUCCAAUCUUGUUCUUUGCGAAUAAAAUGGAUCUCAGAGACGCAGUGACAUCUGUGAAGGUGUCUCAGUUGCUGUGCUUAGAGAACAUCAAAGACAAGCCGUGGCAUAUUUGUGCGAGUGAUGCCAUCAAAGGAGAAGGACUACAGGAAGGUGUGGACUGGCUUCAAGAAAAAACAAUACAAUCAGAUCCAAGCUGUGAAGACAUGAAAAGAUAGUCUCUGGAGAACUCACCAGUUUUCAGUUAAAGGUGUCUAUGUAAGGCAUAGUGAAUAAUCUCAAAUUUAUUUGAAAAGAUUUGUGCAACCAAGAAUAUUUUACAAUAUUCUGCUUGGUUUUAUGGACUCUGAAAGAUUUUUUUUUUAAGAAUUUAGGACUUAUGACAUUGUUAAUCUGGCCAUUAACUAUAUGGAAAUUAACAUUACCUCUGAACGCCUUAGUUACCAGCUUCUUGUAAAGGUCUACAUAUUGUUGUAAUUAGAAUGUGUAAAUACCAGCUAUAAGCCAUCUCAAUAUCCUAUCAUGAUUUAUGAUAUCUUUAAUGUAUUUUUAGUUUUAAUUGUCUUCUAAAAGUUCACUUUAUUGUAUGACUUUAAAGCUCAAAUUGUGUUAGUGAAACAGCUUUAAAGAGUUAUAAAAGAUCACAGGUAAUUGGUAUAUAUGUAAUUUUUAUUGUGUCACUAUCAAAAGAAAUAAAAUAUACCAACUAGAGUGCUUUGUUCAUGACAAAAAGAA